AAAAUAAUUAUUAAUUGUAAAAAUUAAUAGGGGCUUCAGCUCCCUGUAGAACGUCCCAGCUUGCAAACAAAGAAACCUAACGAAAACAACAAAUGAAAUGCCUGUUUUGUUUUUUCUAAUGAUGUUUCUCUUUUGUUUCUUUCUUGGAACAUUAAACUUUUCAAAAUGUUUACUUUACUAGUUCACUGUACACACCAUAUCAUGAUCCCAUACUCAUACCCUUUCCCUAUGCCGUUUUGAAAGUGACUCCAUGCUUUUUAACCUGCGAUCGACCAUUUUGAGGUGAAGGUUUCUUUCCAAUUACUUUUCUUUUCUUUCCUUUUCUAUUUCUUUCAAUAAGAAGUAUUUAUUAUGCCUUAACAUGAAGAUGGCGACUCUGAUUUGUCAGUCUAAAUCUCUUAUUAUUGUUCGUUGACUUUUUUUUGUUUGUGUGUAAAAGUAAAAUUGUAAUUUUCAUGUUCUACAUAGCCUCAAAUUCUGACUUGUGAAAGUCUGAUGUUAUAGUUUUUGAUUUUUCUCUGUUUGUGUAAUAAUUAUAUUAAUAAUAAAAGAAAACUUUGAUUGUUUUUUAUGGAUACCCUUUUUGAAGAAUUACUUGUUUCUUCCAUGAAUGAUUUUAACUUCAACCAAGGUACAAAUCAAAAUAUUGUGGAAGCUUCUUCACAUGAAACAAAUCAUCCUCAAUUGAGUGAUUCAAAUUUGGUUUCGGUGGGAGAUUCUCCUGGCUCUUCCUCUGCCGAUUCCUUUAAUGCUACACUUAAGUACCUAAGUGAGAUACUCAUGGAAGAGGAAGACUUGGAGAGAAAGUUCCUGAUUUUAGAGGACCCUUUGGCACUCCAAGCUGCUGAAAAGCCAUUCUAUGAUCUCCUUGGCCAGAAUUAUCCCCUUUCUUCUAAUAAAGGUGAAAAUUCAUCUUCUGAUCAUGUACAAUCUGUUGACCAUUUUAGGAGAAGUACAGGGGAAGCAAGUUCAUUUUGUCAUAUGGGCAAAACCCAGAUCUUGGAUUUGGAGAGUUUGGAAUGUAAUUUACUUGAUGAACAGAAGGGAAAGAGGAGCCUUGAAAGAGAAUACGGUGAGAGUGAAGAAGAAAGUAGGAAAAGCAAGCAAUCAGCAAUUUAUAGUGAUGAUUCUGAGGCAACAGAGAUCAUGUUUGACAGAGUAUUACUCUAUGAAGGUGAUACCACUCAAUCUACUGUGUCAACUGUUCGUCAGAAGUCUUCACAGAACCACCAAGCAAAAGGGUCUGGUAGAAAGGUGCGGUUUCCAAAGAAAGAAGGUAAUGACAAGAAAGAAAUGGUGGAUUUAUGGACCCUUUUGACUCAUUGUGCUGAAGCAGUGGCUGACUAUGACCAAAGAACUGCAACUGAACAAUUGAGACGGAUAAGGCAGCAUUCUUCUCCUUGUGGAGAUGCAACUCAAAGAUUAGCUCACUACUUUGCUAAUGGCUUUGAAGCACGCUUGACUGGGAAAAAGACAGCUUCAUAUUCAGCUCUUGUAAGUAGUGAGAUGUCCUUUGCUGAUAUCUUGAAAGCUUACCAAGUAUACAUUACUGCCUGCCCUUUCAUGAGGAUGUCCUAUUCAUUUGCUAACCAAACAAUUAAGAAACUAGCAAAGAACGUAAGAAGUGUUCACAUCAUUGACUUUGGUAUUCUCUACGGUUUCCAAUGGCCCGAGCUUAUCCAACGUCUCUCAAAAACACCAGGAGGCCCUCCAAAGCUUCGAAUCACAGGAAUUGAGAUACCCCAACCAGGUUUUCGACCCUCGGAGAAGGUGGAAGAGACUAAGCGUCGUUUAGAAAACUUUUGUGAGAGAUUCAAUGUUCCAUCUGAGUACAAUGUAAUUGCUCAGAAGUGGGAAACAAUCCGUUAUGAGGAUCUCAAUAUCGAUCCAGACAGAGAUGAGCUUGUUGUGGUUAAUUGUUUGUAUCGGUUAAAGCACAUACCAGAUGAAACAGUGGUGAUGAACAACCCAAGAGACACUGUGUUAAAGCUGAUAAGGAGAAUAAAUCCUGACCUUUUCAUACAUGGUGUUGUUAAUGGUGCAUACAGUGCACCUUUCUUCAUGACAAGGUUCAAAGAGACACUCUUUCACUACUCACCAUUGUUUGACAUGUUUGACACUACCGUACCUCGCCAGGAAGAGUACAGAUUAAAGUUUGAGAAAGCAGUGUAUGGAAGGGAUAUAGAGAAUGUGAUGGCGUGUGAGGGGUUGGAGAGAGUUGAGAGGCCAGAGAGUUACAGGCAGUGGCAGGUAAGGAACACAAGAGUAGGGUUCAAGCAGAUCCCACUUGACCAAGAAAUCUUUGAAGCUGUGAAGAACACUGUGGACUCAAGUUACGACAACAAUUUUGUUGUUGAACAACAUGGUGAGUGGUUGUUACAAGGUUGGAAAGGACGACGUAUAUAUUGUCUCUCUUUUUGGAAACCUACUUGAGAGGUAAGUUAAAGACAUGACUAGCUAGCUUUAAAGCUUAUACUCUUGUCUUGGGCUGUGUAGUGCUUUUUCCUUUGUAAAACAUAAACAGUACACUUAGUAGUCUCCUCCCACAUAUACCAUAUCUAACAUGGACAUUGUUGAUUUUGACUCAUGUCGCUAUGUCCUGACCUCACCUGACCUUGGCAAUUUUAUUAUGAGUUUGGUGUUGAAUUAAGAUCGUUUUAGUCUCAUAACAAAAAAAAAAGGUUUUAGACUUAGUUGCUAUGCUUUUGUCAGUAGAUUUUUUUUUAGAUGCUCAUAUGUAUAUGAAUCAUUAUUAGCUUCGAUGCUAUGGAAACGAUUACUAGGAAUAUUUUCACGAGUCUUUAAUGUAUGUUGAUUUAUUUAAAGGAAAUUUACAAUUUUAUAUA